GAGCAGGCAGUCACUAGUUGGCCAAGGGAAGCCGUAUUGGAAGGAUGUUCUGUGACGCCGUGCCGUCCGCGCUCGCGUAACAAUGGAUCUUCCUUAGACCAGUGGCCAUUCCUCACGCAGACGGAUUACAGGAUAGUGACGAGCGUUGACGUUUGCGUAUCUGUGCUUUCUAAAGUGGAACCUUCGUGACGGACGGCCUUUCGUUCGCUUCAGUACUGAAGAGAAAGGAAGACAGUAAUUGAGUCUGGUGCAGUAUGCAUUGAUGGGAUUAAAACAAUAGUUUAAUACGGACUGUUACGUGGGUCCAUUACGCAUUCGCGCACAGAGGAAAGUGUAAGUUAGGCAUAUUUCCACUUUCGAUUCUGUGAAGGAGGCUUUAGUUUUUUCUCGUGAUGGAAAAGGUUAUGAAAUCGCACUAUUGAAAUGAAUGACGAAAAGCCUCUUUUUCGUGUGAAAAAUCAACUAGUGUCAAUUAUUUCUAAGCCUUGGCAUUUGUGAAAAGGUCUCAUUCGAAACCGUUCCGUUGACUGGCCAAGAAAAAUGCGUGUUUCUGCAGAAAAUGACAGAAAGUAACUUAGAAAUUUCUUUUGAGUGAAGAAACCAGAGAAUGUUUUCUGAUGAUAUAUAUUCAUCUUCUCAGGGGAAAGUGGGGCAAGAUAGCAGUGAGUGAGUUCCACUUGAGAAAUAAAAUACCGUCAAAAGAAAGAGAAUGCUUCUUAGUGGAUCGCUCUUUGUGGAUUCUUAAGAAGAAAGACUGACGCUGUGUGGAAGAGUGAAAAUGAAAAAACCUUUGUCAGGGGCGACCAUUCCUCGUCAUGGUGAUCGUGAGAGGAAUCGAAUCUUAGUGGCAGCAACUGGGUGGUGUUGAAGAGACCGGGAUUCAGGGAGAUUGUCUGAAGGGAAGGUCUUCGACAGAGGGAAGGGCCUCUCUCCCUCUCUCCCUCCCUCUCCUGUAGCAGCAGAAGCAGCAAAUAGUAGAGGUUGAUCAAAUUAUCAUGGUGUACCUGGGGGACGGAUGGGGCGAAGUGGUGUUGCCUUCCCCAGGGUCAGAGCCCCCGCCACCGUACUCCCCUCCUCGGGUUCCCCCCCACCAUCAUCACCAACACUUCUUCCCGGAGGCCUUCGCCUCCUCUUCCCCUCCCCCCCAUCACCUUCACCACCACCAUCCUUCUUCACAUGCCUACUGCCAGGGCCACUUCCCUCACUACUACGAGUUCUCGUCCAGUCGGUCAUCUCAGCCCUCCAGCCUCAGCCUCGGCCUCUCACACAACACCACCAAUGGGAGUCGCCAGCCUCACCCCCCAGACCCCCUCUUGGAUACCAAACCCAUCAAAGAACCCCCACCGCCUUACCCGCCCACGCCCUUCAAGUCCACCCAUCCAGCUUUAAAUCAUGGCCCUUCGAGUGCUUUCUCGCCCCCUACUAAAAGCAUCAAAUAUUCCUACCCUCCUCCAUAUACUCCCAGAGACACCAUUCAGGGUGAGAAGGAGGAGGAGGAGGAGGAGACGAAGAAGAAGAAGACUUGUAUAGCUAAUCAAGGGAAAGUUGUGCCUCCUGUGUUGUUGUCGUCGUCGUCGUCGUCGUCUUGCGUGAACGGAACGACGACUACUGCUCCUCAUCCUGCUCUCCACCAUUCCCUUUCUUCGCACCAUUCCUCGAGCUCUGUCGGGAGGAAUGCCGCCCUCAGCUCCGCCACAGGACCCCGCGGUCGGCCUCGGAGGUCUCAUCAGUAUUCGCAAGACAAGACCCGAUCACUGGAUCAUCAGCAUCAUUCAAAUGGAAGACGUGAGCGGGAUACUUCGAGGUCAACCUCCGGGUCCCGCGGUCAUCGCCAGGUCAUUUGUCCUAAUGAGAAAGUGGGUGCGGCCAGUGCCGCUCAGUGUGGUUGUGUGGGUGUGGGUGUCAGUGGCCAUCCAAAGGGUCCUUUGCUCAAAACGGGGAAGAGUCUGGAGCUGCCGCACGAAAGACUGUCCUCCUACCAUCGCCCUUCGACUCAAAAAUCUUCUUCGACAUCAACGGGACAGAAGAACCAACUGCACCCAUACCAUAGUUCCCAGGCACAUCAUGUCGUGCCACCAACUGCCCAUAUUCACCCCGGGCAUUCAAGUCACUGUCACCCUACCAAAGAUGUUCAUUUACGAGAAACCAAAGAGCCCUUCAAGGGCAACUUUUCUAAGUCAAGUAAAUUAGCGUAUGUAGGCAUCAUGCCCUCUAAGCCUCACAGUAGUAGACGUAGUAGGGAGAGGGAUUCCAGAGUUUUCACGCAUACGAGGGAAUACCAGUUUCAUACCGAGCGACUGAAAGAGCAGCGAAAGUACUCUCCUGAUCCAAGACUAAGUCGAUAUGAUGACAGAUGGGCACGCAGAACAUCAAAGUUAGAAGCUGCAGCUGCCCAGGCUAUGAUGCCUGCCCGGGCAGUACCAGCGACAGCAAUUGGACAAAGCCCUGGCAGUGUCAGUGUCAGUGUCAACAGGGGCGACAUCGGUCGUGAGCCUGAGGUGAGUUGGGGUCGUGGGAGAUUAAGAUCGUGUCGCUCGUUAGAUGAAUUGUCAGAUUUUCUUGACGAUGAAGUGCCAAGAUUACCCGUUGUUACCACCAGGAGCCUAGAUGAUUUAACGGAACCUCUGUACGAGAAUUUGGAUGUCAUCCACGCCCAUGCUCGAGACAUUCAGAAGGCUCGGAUCGCCCAUAAUACAAGCGUCCCUGACCUUUUAGAACCGCCGCCAAGACCCCCAAGGCAAAGAAACAAUUCUUUAUCGUCGCUUCUUGAUGAUUUGGCUCAAUGUGGUGCUGCCACGGCCCUCUCUCGUCGUGCUCUCAACACAUCUGUCCCCGAUGUCCUCGAAAGGGGAGUUGGCAUAGGGGGGUUAGGGGGUAAAGGGAUGGGUAUCUUUCCUUGGAGUUCCCCGACUUCCACCCUCUGUUCUGGUGCUUCCACCUUGCGGUCCAAUCCCUCCAACACCUCCACUCUUCGUUCUACUACUCAGGAGGCAGACAAUACGAGUGACAUUGGCGUCCAGCUUCAGAAAAUUAAGGAGGUGGCUAGAGUUCUGGGGGUCAAAUACAGAAAUGGGGAAUUGUCAUCCUCUUCCGGUAGUAGCAGCGGGGCACCAUCCACUCAUACAAGUCCCCGUAUGCCCAGCCAUGCCCAUGGAAUGCCAAUGCAGGCCCCAGGUGUUCCAGCUCGAGCUCCUGUCAUCCACGACGUCCUGCGGGAUGCCAGGAAAUCGUCUCCCCAACAGCAUCCUGAUAAUGAUGUCGCUAGUCAGGAGAGUGGAUAUAGUUCUAUGGAUUCUCGCUCUUGCAGACAGUUGCAGCAACAGCAGCAGAACAACUAUUUGCAACGUCAUCAUGUACAUACCUCAUUUCAGUAUCCAGAGACAAUUGCGACGAUGGAUGGAAGCUCAGAACAUCAGCGACAUCAUCCCCAACCAUUAUCUCUGCUGAACAAUAAUAAUCGACCUUUUCAGUGCACCAAAGGGCCUCCCUCUUUGGAUCACUACCAAAGUAAAGAUUAUGAGAGACUCUCUUAUUACAGUCAGCAUCAACAGCGAUCGGGCCAUGCCGAUAAACAAGGCCAAAGUCCAGAGUAUCGAUCAAGAACUAUAGCUCCUUUGCAACAAAGCUCUCCCGAACGAAAUCAUCUUGAGGGCAAAGGGAACAAGUCCCGCCACCCGUACCCAAGUCGGAACACGGGGCCAUUGCGACCUCCCUUCCAGCAGGAGAAAAGUGCUCGCCAGGUGGUCUCCUCUUCGCACCAAGUGCCCCAAGAGAUAGUUGUUGGGCACCAUACACAACAGGGCGUUAAUCAAGACAAACUUGGCAUCUACAUCAAGAGUGUUGUUCCUGGAGGCGCUGCUGACCAGGAUGGGCGAUUGCAGGCAGGUGAUCAGCUGUUAACUGUGGAUGGGAAAUCUUUGAUUGGGAUCACUCAGGAGCGAGCAGCAGAGUACAUGAUGGAAACAGGUCCAGUAGUGACGCUUGAAGUAGCAAGACAGGGAGCUAUAUAUCAUGGCCUUGCCACUAUUCUUUCACAACCAUCACCCCAAGCAAACAGAGCAUCCCUGCGGAAGAUGCGUCCUCGAGCUGAGGAAGCUACCCGUGCAGCCAUGACUAACAGCCAGUCGACGCCUAACAUGGGUGGCUACAACGAACGCCUAGUGGAUUGGAAUCAGCCUCCUCGACAACAUCCCCUCCCCCCAACCACUUCCCACAACUCUCUGCUGGCUAGAUCCAGCCCCAAUCUGGCAGCAGCUGCUGAAGGUUACCCUGGUGGUCGGCACUUGAGUGAACGGGAUUUGCCAUCUAAAGUCCUACGUGAACAUAGUCAGGAUCCACCCACACAUCCACACCAGGCUCCCCGUAUGCAGUCAUCUAAGUCUGUGCCAUCCUUAAACAGUGAUGGUGGGAGCAGUGUUGUAGGGGGGAAAGCUGCCUCAUUGGAGGUCUUCAACCCCUCUUACUCCCGCACUUCGUCCAACACAUCCCUUUCACAGCCACCCACUUCUCAUGUGUCCCAUCACCAACAUCAUAUGCAACAGCAGCAACAUCACCAACAGCAACAGCAGCCUCCAGUUCGUUCCAGGUCCAUCCAGAAUUUAAGUGAUGGAAGCUAUCAAGGUGCUGUUGGUCGUCAUCCAAGCAAUCCAAGUCUAGUGGUUGAAGAAGAAAGGUAUUACCAAAACGUAAACUUUCAUCAGGGUCCACAGGAUCCUCGUAUGGGCUCAACACGCACGAGACCUGCACAGCCCCUUCCACUGGGUUCACCUACUUCUCAAGGUCCCACUGAACAAGUUCGUUCUGAUCACAUUCGACCUGACCCAAGAGGUGACCAUAGACCAGCAUCUGCUUUUAUGCAGCGAGAGGAUAUGAUGUCUCAUCGAAACGAUUUACAGCGUCCAGCAUCUCAGCGUGACAUUCGUGCUGAUGCAAAAAUGAUGGAAAUGACAGAGGAAGUGCGUCGACGAGAAGAACGCAUGCGUCUGAAUGGUCAUUCAGGAAACCCCCAGCAACAACGACCAGGGCCUCAUCAGCCACAUCAUCGAGUACCAAAUGCAUAUCCUGCUAACUCACCUUUCUCAGCAGAUGGAUAUGGAGGCUUACAAGGAUUUCCAAGUCAGCAACACUCUGGUUACCAUCCAGCUUCAUCACAAACACUUAGCCCUCAGGGGCCUAUUUCAGGUCUUCAGGUCCCACCUCAGCAUCAUCCCCAUUCUCAGUAUCCUCCUGGACAGCCACAUGGCUUCCCAGGAAAACAUCCUCCUCCAACAGCACCAAAGCCAAAAUCCCAAGGAUUGUCACAAACUCCCCUUUCUCCUGAAGCUCCUGAAAAGCCUUCGAGACAGUUUGGCUAUGAUGGUAUAGGGCCUGGCUAUGAAGGCGGUCCUCCAAGGCCACCACCACCAGAAGAUGGUUAUCGUGACUCUCCACCUCCACCUCCACCGCCAACUUCAACACAUCCACUUCUUCAGGGUAGCAGACCAACUUCAAGUGUGGGGUACAGUUCUAAUCAGUUACCAAACAAAGCAGCUUUUAAUGCAGCCAGCCCUUGGGACAGAGAAGAGAAAGACAGAAAUGAUCGCCGUCGCCGUGAAGCUGUACGGCAUUGGAGGGAUGAGCAAAUUUCAUCUUUAGAGGCACUUGAAGUUCGGACAUCUCAGCAAGAUGAGAGACUUCGUACAUUAAGACUAGAAAAAGAAUUUCAGAGGCGUGCAGAAGAAGCCCUAACUAAUGAGGAUGAUGAUGAUGAGGAUGAAGAUGAUGAUGAGGCAGAUGAUCCAAAUGAAAAUGAAAAUAAAGACAGUUCACGACAGACCUUAGAACCUUUAAUUAAGGAAGAUAGUAAACCCCUGUCUUCAGUAACCCAAGAACCUCGCAUGAAUGGAGGAGGACCUGUUGAUGAUGAAAGAGCCCGUCGAGUUGAUGAAAUUAGGAGAAAACAGCAAGAGCUGGAGGCUGCAAGUGAAGUAGAAGAACGGCUUUUACGGGAGGCUCAGCGUCGGCAACAAGAAGAACAAAUGCGACAAAAACAGCAGCAGGCUGCCCCUUCACAGCAUUUGCAUUAUCAACACCAACAUCAUGCAAGUCAGCGGCUUGAUUCGCUUGUUGCUACCCCAUUCCAGCCACAGUAUAGUAAUGGCCCUGUAAAUGGGAUGAGAGGGGGGGGAUCUCAUGCUAGUUAUCAGGAACAUGGAGUGGGACCUGAUAUCAGAAAUCGUGGAGAGAGUGUGGUAAGUGUAGCACAGAACAGUCCUGUUCCACCAGAAAGAGGCUCCUCUUAUUCUGUUAUGCAACAGCAAACUCCAACAUCUGCAUCCUCAAAUAGCAGGUAUAAAGGCACUGAUACCUCAUCAGCUACCAUCAAGCGUGUGCAGUUUUCAGAAACUCCAGCUACUGUGGAAACACAUAUUACAUAUGACAGCAAUGCAAAUCAAGAGAAAACUCCCCAAGAUCCUAAUCUCCCAAGACCAUUUUAUAAGAAUUUUAUUAACGAAGCUGAAACUCUGCUGAAUUCUUCACCAACACGUAGUAUAAUUGGUACCCCAGGUGUUAUUGGAGCCCAGGAAGUUUACAGAGAUCCAAGAAUGAGGCGUCUUCAACAGAAACAAGCUGAACAAGCUGCAGCAAAGAAUCCAGGUCCUGAAAAGUUAACGUUCAAAGAAAAGAUGAAAAUGUUUGCUAUGGAAACAGGAGAAGGAGAAACCCCUAAAGACAAAGUUAAAAUUAGUCGAGCACAGAGAGAUAUUGAACACUGAAGUGACAGUGGCAGUUGUUUCUAUUUUUUAAUUCAGUGCUGCUGAGCAUUUUAUGUUGUUUCACUAAGUUGAAGUUUUAUUUUAACUUCCAUUUUAGUAAAUAGGAACUCUACAUAAUGUAUAAAGCCAAUGAAAAAAAAGUCAAGUGCAUGCAAAUUACUUUUUCCAAUUAUGGCUUAACAAACCAAAUUCCAAAACCAUGUACAGUGCAUUUUUAUUUUUGCAUAGCUGAAAGUUUUAUUACAGUGCAGAACACUGAAUACAGAUGUAUCUGGAUUUUAUUUUUUUCUUGUAUGUAUUUACAAUGCUGUCAUUGUUAUUGAGUCAUUUUACUUGGCAGCUUCCUUAACUUUAAAUACAUGUAAAUUAGUAGCUUGCUUAUUAUAUACAUCAGAGGGUACAAGUACAAAUUGUAAAGAAGUGACUUGAUUUAUGGGCCAUUGUUGUUAGAGAUUUUAUUGGCCAAUGCUGUCACUAACAUGCUUGAAACUCAGAAUUUUGUUUGAUACACAUUGUAUAGAUAGCAAGUUUACAUAUGCCUUUCAAUUUUUUAAAGAAGAUACUGAUGUUUGUUGGGAUACAUACUAGACAUGCCUACCAUUCUGACCAAAUUCUAGUAUUCAUAAAUAUAUAAAUUUUUACUCAAAUGUUCAUUUCAUAUAGUACUAUUUUGGCUAUGACCCCUCCUCUUCUUCUCCCCUUUCCUAUAUAUGUACAUAUGUAAAGCGUGUGGGGGGAUUGUGGUGGUCGGUCACCCCUUCAUACUUGACAGAGGCUUGCACCUUUGCUUUUAUAAAUAUAUAUUCUGUAUAAUUUUGAGAAACCAUGGACUCAUUUUCCUAUUGUUCUAUUUUGGAAAAUAAGUUUAAUGGAAUUAAACAAAGGGUUCAGUAAUUGUAAUCCUAUGUCACAAUAAUUAGAUAGAAAUUAUUUCAUUUAAUUACUGUCUUAAUUGAAAAUAUAUUACUGUACAUUGUUAUUUUAUGAUGUUAUUUUAAACAUUGUAUGGUUGGCUGGGGUACUUGGAAUAGAAGAUUAGCAGUGUCUGUGAUAAAGGUAUGCUCCAGUCAGCCUUCACUCAUUUUACACAAUACAUCAACACAAAGAA